AUGGGGGAUGGGCUUUCGAGCAAUAUUGAUUCACAUACAUGCUUGGAGGAAGAGAGGCAAGCACUUCUCAGCUUCAAACAAGAUCUUGCCGAUCCUUCGGGCAGACUUUCCUCUUGGGUGGGUCAUGCAUGCUGUCAAUGGCAAGGGACUAGCCUAAAUCCGCCACUGGUUUCAUGCAACAAUCGAACCGGUCACGCUGAAAAGAUGGACCUCCGGAAUCCAUAUCCAGAUGCCUACCCUGAUGAUUGGCACUCCACAGAGUAUAGGCGGUCCUUUUUGAAGGGUAAAAUAAAUCCUUCAUUGAUUCGCUUGAAACAUUUAUCUUACUUAGAUCUAAGUUGGAACGAUUUUCAAGAUUAUCCUAUCCCCAAGUUUAUUGGCCAGCUUAAGAGUUUGAGGUAUCUCAAUCUCUCAUAUUCCCAAUUUGCUGGAGAGAUUCCCUCUUCUCUUGGUAACCUCUCAUACUUGAACUAUCUUGAUCUUUAUCUUUAUGAAUGUUAUUCGAAAGAUAUGAAUUGGCUUUCUCAUCUCCCUUCCCUAAAGUACCUCAACCUUAGCUAUGUGAAUCUCAACAGCACAGGAGUACGUUGGUUACAUGAUGUUCUCAUGCUGCCUUCACUCUUAGAGUUGCAUUUGUCUAGUUGCCAGAUUAAUGGAAGGCUUCAUCAGCUGCCACCCCUCGCGAUCAAUUUCACAUCGCUUUUGGUCCUCGAUUUGUCUGACAAUUUUCAUAUUUCUUCAUUCCCCGUGUGGCUUUUAAACCUUAUAGGCCUCAAAUCCCUUGAAUACCUAAACUUAUCGGAUAUGGACCUUGAAGGUCAAAUUCCUCGAGUUAUCGGACAUCUGUGCAAGCUAAAGAUGUUAGAUCUUCGGUUCAAUAAAUUCGACGGAGAUCUUGAAGAGUUUUUGAGUGUUUUUUCAAAUUGCCAAAAAAAUGGGGAGAUGGGAAGCCAAUUGCAGCAUCUUGACCUCUCUGCCAACUCUCUUUCUGGAUCAUUUCCAGAAUCUUUUCGACACUUAUCAUCCUUGAAGACACUGGACCUCUCUAGCAACUCUCUUUCUGGAUCAUUUCCAGAAUCUUUUCGACACUUGUCAUCCUUGAAGACACUGGACCUCUCUUAUAACCGUAUGAACGGUUCCGUUAUUCCUCAAGGUCUCGGACAACUCUCUCAACUUGUUGACCUAGACCUGUCUGGGAAUUCAUGGGAAGGAAUAUUAACGGAAGCGCAUUUCAUCAAUCUCACGAAAUUGAAGACAUUCCGGAUAAGCAGAGAUAAUAAAUCAGCAUCUCUCAGUAUCAAUGUGACUUAUGACUGGCUUCCCCCAUUUAACCUCAGCACACUUUACAUUAAAAAUUGUAGAGUGGGUCCCGAGUUCCCGGUAUGGCUUCGUUCUCAAACUCAAUUGGUUGAUGUCCUCCUUGAUAAUGCUGAAAUUUCUGGCCGAAUACCUGAGGAAUGGCUCUUGACGAUAUCUUCCCAGGUUCAAUAUUUGCAGUUACCUGACAAUCACAUUGGCGGACGAUUUCCGUUCCAUUUCAAAUUCCCCAGAAUAACUGUCAUGGAUUUGAGUCAUAAUCAUUUUGAGGGUACACUACACAUUUCCCCCAUUAAUGUGCCUGUACUAACAGAGUUGCAUCUUUCUGAUAAUCAUUUGAAAGGAACCAUUCCACCUUCAAUUUGCCAAGUGCCAACAAUGAUAAUCCUCUCUCUAAGAAACAAUCAAUUUUCUGGAGAGUUCCCUCAGGAAUGGAGUCUAUGGAGAGACAUAGUUGUCGUGGAUGUCUCGAACAACACUCUCUCUGGUAAAAUUCCCAGUUCAAUGGGCAUUCCAACUACUCUCAGAGUUUUGAAGAUGAGCAACAAUCAUUUUGAGGGAGAAAUUCCUUCUUCCUUGCAAAAUUGCUCUGCUUUGGUUGAUAUCGACUUAAGUGGCAACGAACUCGCUGGAAUCAUACCCACAUGGAUGGGGUCAAUGCUAUCUGAAUUGCAAGUUUUACAAUUGCGAUUCAACUUUCUAAGCGGAAAUAUUCCCCAGCAGUUGUGCCAUCUUCAAUCCCUUCAUAUCCUAGACCUCAGCCAUAACAACAUUUCAGAGACUAUUCCCAAGUGUUUGGGUAAUUUGACUGCUCUACGCUCCAAGGUGUCCAUGAGGACAUUUUUUGGUUCCUACGAUGAGUUGACGACAGUUAUCAUGAAAGGAAGAGAACUUGAAUAUACGUUUGAUCAUGCGUUGGAUUUGGUAAUGAGCAUUGAUUUUUCCUCAAAUAAUUUAGAAGGCGGAAUCCCGGACGAAAUAAGUUCUCUUGUUGGAUUGGGUUCCUUGAACUUGUCAAUGAACCAACUAACUGGAAAGGUUCCACGGAUGCUCGGACACUUGAGCAUGUUGGAAACUCUUGAUCUCUCACACAACCACCUUUCAGGAGAAAUUCCCCAGAGCUUGUCUUCUUUAACCUCACUGUCUCACUUCAACGUGUCUUAUAAUAAUCUGUAUGGCAGAAUUCCUUCAGGUUUUCAACUACAGACACUGGAUAAUUCAUCCUACAUCGGGAAUCCAUCACUAUGUGCUUUUCCUCUUUCAACUAUGUGUCAAGGAGAUGAAGAUGGCGGCCAAACUCCAGCAGGAGACGUUGAAGAUGAACAUGAUAAUGGAAAACUUGGUUUCUUUAUCAGCAUGGUCCUCGGGUUUGUCAUAGGCUUUUGGGGUGUUUGCGGCACGUUACUCAUAAAGACGUCGUGGAGGUAUGCAUAUUUUCAGUUCUUUGACAAUAUCAAAGAUGAGAUGAUAGUAGCAAUUACAGUGAAGAUAGCCCGCUUGCGGAGACGAUUGUGA